AUGCUUGAGAAGAAUGAAUUGGAGAGACAUCUUUUGUCUCGAUGUUUUUCGGACCGAGAGAAGAUAGAUGAGCUUCUUGAGACCAGGUAUACUUUUACAGGCGCUCAAAAGCCGUCGUUGGUGCUUUUGCCCACCAAAACUGAGGAGUCCAAGGCCAAGUCCCUUCUUCACUCUGAGCCCACAUACAUAGAUGAACAACUCAAAAAACGCAAAACUAACACCAGACUCGAGGCAAGAACGUACUUAAAGACGGUGAAGAAGAACCAGGAUAGUUUGGUCCGCAAAAUCCAGGAGUACAAUCGGUUGAAGCUCAAAACACCAAAGAAACCGUUCCCUCUCAGUAAGUUGAUCGUCAAAUUCCAAAUACCCACAUACGAAGAGUUCCUACCCAUGAAUAGACUUUGGAACGACUACGCUCAAUCCCUUGCAUUUCCAGAAAUAAAGUCACCCGAAGACAAACUACCCAAUAAGCAGAUGAUACUUGCACGUCUUGCGACUGCUGAGUACAGUGGAUGUCUAUUGACGGUUUUGGACUCUCGAAACCCCAAUCUUCUCGGAUUGAAAGGGAUAGUGGUGUACGAUACACAGUACACAUUCAUAAUAUGUGUUGAACGUGAUGAAGAUGAAGAUGCCACCCCUGCUAAACAGGUUGGAGGGUUUAGGUUUGUACCCAAGAAGUUUACUCUUUUCACGUUUGAUUUAGAGCUUCCGAACCAGACUGAACAGGAUGACAAGUAUCUUAGCUUCACACUCAUCGGAUCACGGAUUGAUACCAGGGCUGUGGACAGAUCCACCAAGAAGUUCAAGAGUCACAACGUGGAGAAUAUUUUAUAG